AUGGCGAAGCAUCAACAGGCCGCGGCGGCCGAGCUGUUGACCGUUGCUCUCACGAGUUCGGGGCUGGAGAGUGUGCUCUCGCAGCUGACCGACAGGGUAAACGACCUGGAGAGCGUCAACAAGGCACAGAAGCAUCGGUUGGAGACGUUGGCACACCAGACUCCGGAGGUGGACAUCUCAGACAAGCACCUGUGCGAAACGAGCGCUCUCCAGAACUUGGCCGGGAAGAGUCCGGAACAGCAGCUCGUAGCGAUGUCUGACGCGAUCGUGAGCAUCGGCCAGAGCGUAAACCAGUUCUACAAGGACGUGAAAUAUCGAGAGGCCGUGCAGCAAGCGACCGACGCUGCGCAAGACGAGCUGAUGCAAAUGGAGCUGGACCGGCUGAAUGGAGAGGUUGACAUAAAGUUCACCCGCAAAGACGCUCAGGACAUGCGACGGAUGAUCGCCAAGGAGAUGCGAGCUAUGCGGGAGGAGAUGGCGCAGGAAUUUGCCGGAAAGCUAGGCACGGUUUACGACGAGGUACUGGGUCAGCUGUCAAGAGUGACGGACCACGUGCGCGUCAUCCAGGAAACCACCGGCGCCACCAACGAGCUGCUCAAGUACCGAAUAGAAGAAGCCUUCACGGACAUACAGCGCGCCUCCGUGGACAUGGACGCGAAGAUCCGGAAGAUCACGGACAUGUUCGGCCUAAGCGCCAAUCCCGACGAUAAUGGCACCCCUUCGUUCCCGGAGAUGCUAAGAAAUAUUGGCGAUCUCGAGAGACUGGCCUUGGGGUGUCGAGACGACAUAGACGAGCAAACGGUAAGGGCGUUACGGUAG